AUGCUGCGCUAUCAUACCCAAUCAGAUGAUUGCGCCCAAGACAAGGUUGGCUCAUCCACCGCAAGCGAACCUUGUCACGACGACAACUACAACUACAACAGAGAAGACAUUCAGAACGAAGACCAAGAAGUUUUCGCAUACAGUCACGAUUCUACCGGCGCACAUGUCAAACCUCAGCUCGCUGCUCUCCUGAACGGACCACAGUGGCAGAAAUCAAAUCCGAACACGCGUCGCGCGACCAGAGCAGACUACAGCUGCAAGAAGCCGUCGCAAAUUGCAACGAGAAAACGUCCUCGUAAAGCAAAGGUUCCUCGAAACAUGCGAGUUGCCGGUUAUGCUCCGCCAGGCGGACCCAGUGAUAUUGUGCAGGAGUACCUCUCUCCGGACGAUCCUUGGGUCGCCAAUUACCAGGAUUUCAAGGUACUUACUGAUGCCGAGAAAAAGGACGUGAUUGCGCGUGAAGCCGAAGAACAUGGUCUCGAGAGGCCGAAAGGCUGGAAUGUGUCUUUCCAUUACAAUCCGCACGUGGAGUAUCAUCACUUUGGCAGCUCACAUCCGAUGAAACCAUGGCGUCUGACGCUGACGAAACAACUCGUUCUUGCGUAUGGGUUGGAGUAUACCAUGGAUCUCUUCGAGCCAAGACCAGCCAGCUUCCAGGACCUUGCUGUGUUCCACGACCGCGAAUAUCUAGCCUACCUCAGCAAAAUCACGCCUCAGAACGCACAGCCUGAGGACCCUCAGUAUAUAGCGUAUGGCUUUGGUGGCGAGUCGAACGACUGCCCAGUAUUUGAUGGACUGUGGAACUACGUAUCACUUUAUACGGGUGCCACAAUGAGCGCUGCCUACAAUCUCAUCAACAACCAGUCUAAUAUCGCCAUCAACUGGUCUGGAGGCUUACAUCACGCGAAAAAGAAUCUUGCCUCCGGGUUCUGCUAUGUCAACGACAUUGUGAUAGCGAUCCAAACUCUGCUCUCGCGGAACCAGCGCGUCCUGUACAUUGAUAUCGACGUCCACCACGGCGAUGGUGUCGAACAGGCAUUUGAGUCUACAGAUCGUGUAUUCACGCUCUCGUACCACAAGUAUGGUAUCGACAAGCACGGCUAUCCGUUCUUCCCAGGUACAGGAGCCAUCGACGAGACGGGUCCCGCGGAUCCUAGAAAUCCCGGCAAGGCCCACAGCCUGAAUAUUCCCAUCGAUGAUGGCAUCGACGACGACCAGUACAAGUGGCUCUUCAAGACGGUUACCGGCGCAGUAAUAGAAAAAUACAACCCGCAAGCUAUCGUCCUGCAGUCGGGUGCCGACUCUCUUGGGGGUGACCGCCUCGGUCGCUUCAACCUCAACAUCAAAGCGCACGGCUAUUGCGUAGAAACAGUAAAAGCUUACGGUCGUCCUCUGCUCAUUAUAGGUGGUGGUGGCUACACACCUCGCAAUGUUGCACGGACAUGGUGUCACGAAACGUCUGUCUGUGUAGGUGCAACGCUUCACAAUGAGCUACCCGCUCACAUACCCUACCUCCAAGCCUUUCAAGGAGCAGAGAAUGGCGAUGGGGUUUUGUACCCUGAUCUACACAACACGAAGCGUCACGACAACCUGAACUCGCAGGCUAAAUUGCAUAAGCUAGUCGAACAAGCACUAGAGAAUCUGAGGUACUUAGAGGGCGCACCUAGUGUGGUCGUAGACACAAAGGGUAUCCCGCUGGAAGAGCUCAUGAGAGUGAGGGAGGCAAUCGAUCGAGAGAUGGAGGAAGAGGCGGAGGACAAGGCCCGUCUCUCGGUCGAGAAUAGCAGACGCAGGAAAGAGAAGAACAUUGGCGGCCGAAGAAAAUAUUGGAGUCACGGGAGGAUGCGCUUUCGGCGAUACCCAUGGUACAUGAUUCAGACUAGGCAACAACUUGGUCUCGCCGCAAAAGUCAAGCCACACGGAGGAACGAGUGUCGAGAGCAAGAAGAGGGAUUUCGGCAGAGGGAAGAGGCAGCUUCCUGUAUCACUCAUCCCUUAUACAAUGUCCGACGAGAUACAGUCUAGCCAAACGUCGCCCAAUGGCACCCAGAGGCUCAACGGCAGUGUCAGCGGCCCCUCACCCGGUGGAGGUGCUGGGCCGACGCCAAACCCCCGGUCGUGCGUUACCUGCCGUAGGCGCAAGGUCAAAUGCGACAAAAAGAACCCGUGUUCCAACUGCGUGCGCGCCAAAAUCGACUGCAUCUUCCCUGGACCUGGACGCGCGCCGCGAAAGAGCAGAAAGCCACCCGAUGCCGAGUUGUUGGAGAGACUGCGCCGCCUGGAGGGCGUCGUCACCAGUCUGAACGCCCAGGUCGAGGGCCACGAGCAGGAGGCGGCCGACCGCGAGAGGGAACGAAAGAACAGCGCAAGUGCAGAGGGAGGCUGUCCGAGCGGGCAGCCCCAGGUCCCAUGGCCGACCAAGCAGCAUGGCGCAAGAGUCGAAACCGACAACAGUGUAGAGGGCCUUGAGAACCGCUUCGGACGGCUGGUGGUGGAAAAAGGCCGGAGCCGCUACAUCAACAACAGCUUCUGGGCCUCUUUGAACAACGAGGUCGAAGACCUCAAGUCGAUCCUUAUCGAGCCAUCCGACGACGAAGACGAUGCGCCCUCGCCCGAGUCGUCCAACAUGUCCUCGCACCAGAGCUUCGUCUUUGGUUACAGCUCCUCCAACGUCGACAUGCACGCGCUUCACCCUCCCGAGCAGCAAGCGCGCGAAUUCUGGGACGUCUACAAGGACCACGUCGAGUCUUUGGUCAAAGUGCUCCACGUUCCCAGUUUCGAGCCUGUCAUCUUCGACGCUUUUGCGCAUAUCGACAAAGUGAGCAAGGGAAUGGAAACACUCUUGUUCGCCAUAUACUACGGCGCAGUAACAAGCACAACCGCGGAAGUCUGUCUGGAAAGGUGGGGCGAAGACCGAAACGCACUCCUCAACAAAUAUCGGUUUGGGUUGGAACAGGCGCUGGCAAGAGCAAACUUCCUCUACUGCGACGAAGUCAUCAUCCUCCAAUCCUUUGUCAUCUUCCUCGUCUUACUGCGGCGCAACGACGACGCGCGCAAGAUUUGGACUCUGACUGGCUUGGCCGUGCGCAUUGCGCAGACGCUUGGUAUACACCGAGAUGGUAGUCAUUUUGGUCUGCCGCCAUUCGAGAUCGAAAUGCGUAGGCGCCUGUGGUGGCAGGUCUGCAUUCUUGAUGCGAGAUCUUCGGAAGAUCACGGUUGCGAUCCGACCAUUGUCGAAGCCCAGUUUGACACCAAGAUGCCACUUAAUGUCAACGAUACCGACCUACACCCCGACAUGACCGAGUUUCCCGAAGACCGCCAAGGUUUCACCGACAUGACCUUCUGCCUCCUUCGCUUCGAAAUCACCCACAUUUUCCGCCGUAUCAUAUACGUCCCCCCGGGCCCUAAUAGAUGCACCGAAUAUUUCUCUGGUCUGACAAUCGAGCAAAAGGAGAAAUGGAUUAGCGAUGCUCACCAGGCCAUGGAAGACAAGUAUCUUAAGAAUUGCGAUAUGAGUAUUCCGAUCUGUUGGGUUACAGCGACUAUCUCAAGGCUCAUCAUGAGCAAAAUGUGGUUGGUUGUCUAUCACCCACACCAACGAAAAGAUGGAGGUGCAACAUUGCCGCAAGAGACCAAAGACAAACUCUUCAUCACCUCGCUUGAGAACGUCGAGUACUCUAUCCUGCUCGAGACCGAAGCGCGUACCAUGAAGUGGGGCUGGCUCUUCCGCACAUAUGUCCAGUGGCACGCCAUCGCCUUCCUGCUCUCUGAAUUAUGCGUCCGCACCAAAGGCGAGGCUGUAGAGCGCGCGUGGAGAGCCCUGGAAGCAACUGCUGGCCGUUGGUGGUUCCCGCUCAAUGAUGCUUCACCACUCCGUAAAGGCCAACAAGGAACUCUUUGGAAACCGCUACGAAAACUUCUUGCAAAAGCAAGGGCAGCGCGGGAACGAGAGCUGGCCCUCGAGCGGGCUAGCCUGGCUCUCCGGAAUGGGCAGUUUGCCAACAGCGCAUUUGCUUUCCAAGGUCCGAAUGCGCUGAAUCAGGCAAAUCAGUCAGCAGCCACUACAGCUCAACACGAAGCCAAGAUCUUGGACAGCAUGUUGCGACCUUCGGCACCGAAACUGGGUGAGAUGCCUAGCGCUGAACUCCCGAGUUGGCCCAGCAGCCCUGCGCAAGCCAAGUCACGAACCAACUCGCUGCAAGAUGGAAAGAGCUCGAUUCAGCAACAACCAUUGCCAAACGAACAGUCAAAUAGCGCAAGAGGCAAGAGCGCCUCGCCUGGAAAAGAGUUUGGAGAUUUGUUCGAAUACGGCCUUGAUAACGUGAUUAACGACGUUAUGGGAUCCGGUGGGGUCCUCGACGGAACAGUCCUGAACUGGCCCGCAUAUACCCCCACGACCAUGACAGCUCAGCCUGCUACCUCGAACACCACCUCAAUACACUCAUACGGUACACACGGGAUGAACCCGCCCACAGCCGCAAAUGGCUAUCCUACAUUCGGAGAUGGCAUGCUUCCAACCACAAGUAUGGAUUUUAGCAUCGAUAGCAAUAACACUGCAGGUUUGAGUAAUGCCAAUAUCAAUGGCAAUAGGCAGCAGCACGUUCAAGAAGCUGUGAUGAUGGACGAUGGGGAUAUGGACUGGACACUUUGGGAUGACAUGGUGAAUCAGUAUGGGAUCGAAGGAACCCCGACGAAUCCGGCUAGUACGGCUGGCCUCGUGCCCUGGUUCUGA